GGCGAGAGGGAGGAGGGAGGGAGGGAGGAAGCGGCUGAUCCGAGCAUCAGCAGCAAGACAAGCGCCACCGUCGCCGCAGAGGGCGAGAGAUGGCGGAGUGCGGCCGGAAGGCGCUGUCCCUCCUGGAGGCGGCCCGCUCCCGCUACGAGAGCCUGCAGAUAUCUGACGACGUGUUCGGCGAGUCCGGGGACGACAGCAGCGACAACCCGUUCUACAGCACCUCGGGAGACUCGGACUCGGACAACUACAUCGCUGAGGCGGGCGAGGAGGAACAGCAGCAGCAGCACCACCACCAUUAUCAUCAUCAUCAUCCCCACCACUACCACCACCACCACCAUCACCAGAGACGGGCCGACAGAGAGAAUUCACACGGCGGGGGAGCAGGGGCAGGCAGCCCCGGUCCGCCCGGUGCUCUGUCCCGGAGCCAAGCCGAGGAGCAAGGCUGGACGGAGACCCUGCAAGAUGUCACCGUGCCGCCGUUUAAAGGCUCUUACGGUCCCGCUCAGAAGAUGCCGGCAACGGCGAGCGCUCUGGACUUCUUCCAACUCUUCGUCCCAGACAACUGCAUCCAAAACAUGGUGACGCAGACCAACAUGUACGCCAAAAAGUUCCAAGAGCGCUUCGGCUCCGACGAGGGCUGGCGUCCCGUCACGGCCCAGGAGAUGAAGGCCUUCCUGGGCUUCGUCACGUCCACCAGCGUGCACCACUGCGAGUCGGUGCUGAGCAUCUGGAGCUCGGGCUUCUUCAGCAACCGCAGCAUCGCGCUCAAGAUGAGCCAGGCGCGCUUCGAAAAGAUCCUCAAGUACUUCCACAUCGUGGCAUUCAGGCCGUCGCAGGGGAGCAACCAGGGCCUGUACAAGAUUCAGCCCUUCUUAGACUCGCUGCAGCAGGCUUUCAGCUGCACCUUCAAGCCUUCGCAGACCCAGGUUCUUCACGAACCCUUAAUAGACGAGGACCCGGUUUUCAUCAGCACCUGUACUGAACGCGAGCAACGCAAGAGGAAGAAGAGGAAGUUCAGUCUCUGGGUUCGACAGUGCACCUCCACCGGUUUCAUCUGUCAGAUCUCAGUUCAUCUGAAAGAGGGCCAAGGUUCGGACGGGCUGGCCGCCCUCAAGAACAAACUUCAGCUGCACAGUCUGGUGGCCAAGCAGCUGUGCCAGAACAUCUCUGGCAAGAACACCAUCGUCUUCACGGGGCCGUCCAUCACCAGCCUCGGACUCUUCACCGAGUUCAGCAAGCAAGACAUUUACUGCUGCGGCCUGCUGAGCACACGCAAGAGCGACUGCACGGGCCUGCCGCAGAGCAUGCUGGUGUGCGGCUCCACGCCGGCGCAGCGCGGACACUGGCGGGUGAUGAUGCAAGGCAGCAUGUCGCUCAUCAGCUGGUACAACAAGGGCCACUUCAGGUUCCUCACCAACGCCUAUUCGCCCACCAAGCAAGGUUUGAUCAUCAAGCGAAAAAGUGGCGAGGUGGCGUGUCCCCUGGCGGUGGAGGCCUUCGCCGCGCAUCUCAGCUAUAUCUGCAAAUACGAUGACAAGUUCAGCAAGUAUUUUAUCUUCCAUAAGCCCAACAAGACAUGGCAGCAGGUGUUCUGGCUGAGCAUCAGCAUCGCCAUCAACAACGCCUACGUCCUCUACAAGAUGUCCGACGCCUACGCUGCCAAGCGCUACAGCCGAGUGCAGUUUGGAGAGAAACUGGUCAAGGAGCUGCUGGACGUGGACGAUGACUCGCCCACGCUGUGAGAAGGCCGCCGCCGGGGGGCGCCCUUCACCUGACACCCACCAUUACAUUCACAUUGACACCCCCCCCCACCACCACCACAAUACUCAAGCAGUGGCAACUCUUCCUGUGUCCAUUUGGGUCGUACCGUAAAUAAUACGGAACAUCACGUCACGGGAUAGGGAGAGUCGCUAAGUGUGAAGAUAACGUGAGAUCACGUGAUUGUUCCAAGAUAGUACUUUCUCAUUUCUGACUCUGAAAUGCCGGAGAAAACGUGUAACGUGUUAUUCAAAACCAACAAUGGCAACAAUGUCCCCCUAUUGCAGCAUUCAACAAUUUGACUCAAAAUGAAGAUGAUGUUGCUAGGCAACAAACACUAUUUUGGCCAGUGGACAGGGAAUUAAAUAAUCAUUUAAAAAAAAAGAUGCGUUAUGCAUUUUUGGGGGUCAUAAUUUAAAACAAUUUCCAGAGUAACAAAUUUUGUUAUCACACUUCCAGGACGAAGAAUUCAAAUCUGGACAUCUGUCAAAAAUCAUUCCAGCUCUCGUUACUUGUUAGCUUUUACAUAACGGCUAGGGCAUUGAAUACUUGGGGAGAUGUUGUUGCUUGAAAGUGGCUCAGGAUCUUCACCCAGCAUAGACCAUCAUGUCAUGGGCUGGAGGAAGCGCAGAAGGGGAUACUUGAACACGUUCACAAAUUUAGUGGUUGUUUAAAUUCACACAAGGUGGGUAGGAAGACCCGAUUGUUCAUAUAAAAUGAAAGAAAUGAUAUUUCUCACAAUAUGUCCCCCUUUAAAUACUAAAAUGAGUUGUUACCUGAAAGUGAACCAAUGAAGUGGAUGUUCCGGAUGACAAAGCUUAUGUACAUAUCAAUGUAUGAAAUGAAGCCAAUCAAUUUGCUGUAAUCAAGUCGGCACCGUACUUUGUGUGUUUCUAUUUUGUUUACAAAUCACGCAGACCCAAGAUUGUCAUUUUGUUGAUUACUAAUCCAAAGCAACGUCGUCGUCACUUUGUGUGUGUGUGUGAGAGAACUACGAAAUGUCCCGCACUGACUUUUAGUAACCUUCAAUAUUAAACACUGGCCACGUGCACAAAGUUGCAAUUAAACAAACAAUAAUAUAACAACGUGUCUGCUGUUGCCGAAGCUUGACAGGCCUGAAUUGUGUAAUGCCAGAAGGCCUGUCUUUUUUGAUUGGCUCUAAAGUCGUGCGAUAGGAGAUGAUGUCCUCGUGAUGUGCAACAUGUGUGUGCGUUUUAUCUGUGCAGUGCUUCAUCUUCAUGUCCACCGAGUCAGUAGAAAGAAAUGUGCAAUCAUCAGCUCCGAUGAGGAUUUGAGAGCGAGCUAACCGGCACUCAUAGCAAACUAACAUUUGUUGGAUUUUCUUAUCUCAUAAGCGGGUGCUAAUCUGUAUCAAGUAGACUCCAAUGUUAGGUCAGCUUAGCAGCCACGUAGAGGAGGCAAAAAAAGAAAAAAAAAGUUUCCCCCUCAUGCAACUGAUGAGCCGGACACACGUACGAAUGUGUGUGUGUGCGUGUGUGUGUGCAUGUAUUGUUGACACUGGGUUGAAACGUGUACAAUAACUGGACCAAAUAAAUUUCAGAAAUUUGUGUGAUGA